GUCAGGGAGGAACCCUGGGUGGACAGCUGGUGCCUCCAAGGAUACCACUUGGGUGGGUCCCUUGGGAACCGCUGCCAGCUGCCAGACCCCUCCAGAAGAGGCCCUCCUGCUUUCCCUGCCCACCCUCUUCCUCAGCCCCACCGGCUUCUUUUUAGCUCCUUUGAGCAGUGGUGGACCCAACUGGGAAGAUGGGGGGGGCGUCUCCAGUCUGGCACUGGAAUGCCACAGUCUGCUGGUGAUAAUUGCUCAUGAACCUUUCCCAACUGCCAGUCCUCCUGGCUGACAAGGAGGGUGGGCCAGCACCACUGGAUGAGGCCCUGGAUGAGGCUGUGCCUGAGUACCAGGCACCAGGGAAGAAGAGCAUGCUGGAGAUUCAGCGGCUGAACCCAGAGGAUGAAAGCCUGGCCAAGUACAAGCAGGCGCUGCUGGGGCCCCUGCCACCUCUUGUGGACCCAAGCCUGCCCAACGUACAGGUGACCAGGCUGACACUGCUGUCCGAGCAAGCUCCCGGGCCCAUCGCCAUGGACCUCACAGGGGAUCUGGCUGCUCUGAAAAGCCAGGUGUUUAUCCUGAAGGAGGGUGUCGACUACCAAGUGAAAGUUACCUUCAAGGUCAACAAGGAGAUUGUCAGUGGUCUCAAGUGUCUGCACCACACCUACCGCCGGGGCUUGCGUGUGGACAAGGCCGUCUACAUGGUGGGCAGUUAUGGCCCCAGAGCCCAGGAGUACGAGUUUGUGACGCCGGUGGAGGAGGCACCGAGGGGCAUGCUGGUGCGGGGCCCCUAUGUCGUCAGGUCCCUCUUCACCGAUGACGACAGAACCAGCCACCUAUCCUGGGAGUGGGGCCUCCACAUCUGCCAGGACUGGAAGGACUGACCCCCGACUGGGGCUCCUGUCCCCACCUGUCAGCUGCUGCACGGGGUCCCCACGCCUUCCCCAGCCCCUUGGUCAGUGACCCCCCAAGUGCCCCCAUCUGGUUCUGUGCUCUGACUCCCAUUAAAGGUCGCCCUGCCUUGCUGCC